AUGGGCGAAAAGCCGAGCAACAACCAAUCAAUCGUAUAUACCGAAAAGGAGCAAGAGCUAGCAGAAAGCAGUCGGAAACACUACAAAGCUGGGGACAUAGAAAAAGCGCUGCAUGAUUUAUAUGAGUUGUCCAAACUCCGACCCAACGAUAUGCGCAUACUUAGCAAUAUCCAGCUUUGCCAGUUCAGAAAAGCAGGGUUCGAACAAUGCGACGAGUUUGAUAGCAACAUGAAACAGUUGAACUCUGUUUGCUUGAAAGAGUCCGGCUACGAUCAAAAAACUCUUGUCAAGAAGUUCCCGGUCUUUUUGUACAACAAAGCUGUCACGGUUUUUCGUCAAAAGAAAUACGCUGACACGUUGUUGAUCCUUGAGAAUUUACUGGAGCUGUUCGAAGAAGAUGUCGAAUCUGACUCGACAAGUUUGUCUCAAGAAUUUCAGCUGAAAAUUCUCCAUCUAGCUGCGGACGCUCAUCUAGCUCAACGAGAUCCGAUGACCGCACUGACUGUUUUGGAGAAUAUGAGCAGUAUCGUCAACGGAGCAGAGAACUGGUCACCAGAACUUCAAAAAACAUGGCGAACAAGAAUCAAUGCCUGUUACUGUCGAGCGUAUCUCUAUCCCUGUUGCAUCGGAGAAGAGCGCCCAAAGCAGCCAUCUUCCAAAGACAUCAAGACUCUUACAAAGUCUUCAACAAAUCUAUCAAUCUUUGCCAAAGCGGCGUUCGAAAUCAAUCGCGGGAAUGACAUAAAAGCGAUGAAGAUACUCAACUCCGAGCCGAUCGUUGAAUCAAGACAGGAGUCUUCGGAGCUUGGAGAGUCCUGCAAAACGAUGUAUUUUAACAACCUUGGAAUCAUUUACCAUCGGAUGCAUAAACACCUUCUCGCCGCUGGGACGUUCCAAAAGGCACUCGAAGAACAUGAUGAAAUCUUCUGUAAGCAUCAACUUCCCUUUCUGAACGGCCGCCCCAGCACGGACCUGAGAGCGAGGCUAGUUAUGAACAUCGCGGUAACAAAAUUGUAUCAUGGCAAAAGUGAAGAGGCCUUUGGACUUCUUUUGAAGGCGUCGGAAACAUUGUAUGAUCAACCCUCAGUCUGGUACAGAUUGGCAGAAUGUUGUAUCGCUUAUAAACACGAAAGUGCUAAAGAAGAGGAAAAAGUGAUUACAGAAAUUGGUGAAGGUUGCGCCCGCUUAGCAAUUGCAAACCACAAACAACAGACAAUCGAGCUCGAUCAACCAGAUACGAACCCUCGGCUUUCCUACUGUUACGCUUACAAAUGCUUGCACAAUGCGCUGAGUUACAGUCCGUCAAUGAAAACGCCUGGGAUGUCACAGGAGGAAGUGAAAGCGAUGCAACGAAUGAAUUCGAUGAUUUAUGUAACACUCGGUUUUGUUUGCCUGCGCCUUGGAAAAUAUUCAGAAACGGUCAAUUUUACGAACAAAUCUCUUGAAAAAUAUCCAGAGCAUGGGUAUAAUUACUUCGCGAACAUGUACAAGGGCGAAGCACUCAUGGAACUAAAUGAAAUAACAGAAGCUUGCAAAGUUUACAAACAAGCAAUUUCUCACGCACAAGACGCUCUGAAAUGGAUGAAUAUGGACCUUUCCUGGUCUCAGAAUCCAAUGAAUAUGACUUGCCCAACCUCAGUUCAACAAGCAAAAGUUCUAGCUAGUUCAAAUCUUGCAGCAGCCUACUGUGUAAAUGGAGAUUACAACCGAGCGUGCGACCAGUUGGCUAAAGUGCGCGAGGCAGUUCCUCCCGAGCUCAUUUCACAUAAAACUGUGCUGCUAGCUGUUUAUAUUCUUUUGAAAAAGGGCGACCGGCAAAAGGCGCUCAAUAUCUUGAGGACUGUUACCGUUAACUGCCCUGGAAUCGGUUCUUUGUCUUCUAACUCUUUAUUUGCUUUUAGACUCUUGAAAUCGAUGAAUAAAGACAAACCUUCUACCUCGAAAGCUUCUGACCAUGAAACCCUUGUUAAUCCUCCUGCAAAAAGAAGAAGGCCUGAUGCUAGAAUGUCGAAAAUCAAUGUCGAGUUUGGCCAGAGCAGUGAUGAGCCAUUCGACUUUUUCGACCCGCGGUCAGCUGAAGUCUGGAACGCUCCUCUCCCUCCUCGAAAUCCGCCCAUCUUUGAUUCAAGAAGCACAAUGACGAACGACUUCGAUUCGAUCUUCUCUGAGAUCAUGGAGUCGACAACGAAGCCCUCCAUCCAAACGAGCAACGCGGGCGACCUGGCAGAUCUUGAUGAGCUCAUCCAGAAUAUGCCGACGAAUGAAGAAGGCAAAUUUUUUUACCCCGAACUACCUCCUGAUCUUCCAACGAAUCCGGACGAAAUUUUACUUCCGGAAGAUGAAGAUGACGAUGAAGAACUCACUCCCACUUCUCCAAUGAAAAUUCGACCCUCAAAGAAUAAUCUGAGCAACACGCUUAUCGACCUCGCGCCCGUCUCCGAAGAAAGCAACAGAAAGAAAAUCGACAGUUUAUUGGAGCACAAUUUGCUUUUACAAAAACCUCUAGAGAAAUUCGUCAAUGAUUUGAAACGCCGGAUCACCUAUCUGAAAACGCAAAAACUGAUAAUAAGAGCUGAAAUCGACGAAAAACACGACCGUCUUCACCGGCGAUCGAGAGGCCUAGAAAAUGGAGAAACCCUCUCGUCCUUUCAAAAGCCCUAUUUCUUCGAUAGGAUUCAAACUGCCUCGCCCUAUAAUGAUCCGGACAAUCCAAGUGACAACUUGUUCUUAGAGAAGAUGAAGUUCUGCGAGGAUUUCGUGAUGAACCAAAUGGACUACGAAAUGAGCCCGCGUCAGGAGCAAAUGUUGAAGAAUCUCAUCCGUCAAGAAGUUGAGGCGAAGUUGAAAAAUGAAAUCAACGAAUCUCUUAUGUCGGACGAAAGACGAUGGUGGGAACGGCUUAUGAACAAAUUUGAAAAGAAAGAAAGCGAAGAUCGAGAAGUAGAGGAAGUCGAAUCUGAAGCGGAUAAGAUCAGAGAGCAAUCGAAAGAAAAGCUCAAAUCGAAAAUAGAAACGAUGAAAGAACAGGGAGAAAAUAUCGUCGGAAAGAAAGUGGAAGUCGACUGGAUGCUGAUCGCCUGUAAAUUGAAUACCCUCGCUCUUCAGUGCAACGUAAAGAUGACGAGCAAACGCAUCACGCAUUUGACAUCACGAGAGCGCCUUCAAUACGGCGCCAACGGAGUCCAUCCCUUCCAAGCGUACAUUCAAUGGGACAGAAAGCUCCAUCCAGAUCUUCGCAAAAAGAAACUCACUGCCAAAGAGAUCAAACUCAUCAAAGAAAUGCGCGAAGAAGAGUUGUCCUGGAUUAAAAUCGCCAAAAAACUGAGCAAGCCGGGUGCUAGGGUGACUUCCAUGGCGGUUUUCAAAGCCUUCAGACUUCAAGAAGUGAAGAAAGAAAAGUCUAAAAAACCAAUUUCAAACGAAGAUCAUCUUUCUUAA